CUUUGGAGUGAACUGGUGAGCGAAAUCGCCGCGCAUCUUCGCGUAAAAAACGACUUUUGGGCGAACGCGCACACAUUUCCUGCAGCGAUCCUUGACUGACUUUUUGGACAUUUAUUUUUUUUAUUGCCUUGGACUUGCGUGGAAUAUAAUACAAUAGCGGAAAGUGGCGACUAUACUCCUUCAACUCAUCGAUCCAUGAAUUGACAGUCAUGCCAAUUAAGCUACCUUUUGAGCAAGUAAACAUUGUGCAAUGUUGGCUAAAAGUGGUAAUUAAGGGUUUGUCUUGCGUGCAAACCACACGCUGUUGGAAUGCGUAAAAGUAUGUCUCCUCCAUGGUAAUGCGCGGACAAAUACAUGUCCACCCAUUUUAUUAAAUAUAGGAUAUUAUUUGAACAAUUCUGAGUGUUGCCUUUGGUGGUUGAGGAGAGAACGCGACCUCCUGGAGGGGAAAACUUGCUUGCAGCGGUCAAGAGAGGAGUUGGAUUAUUUAAACAUCUUAACAUAUUCAAGGUUCUACCACUGGCACCGCGUUGGAUACUGGGCUGGUAGCUCCCAGAGAGCAGGUCCCAGCGGAGAGAAGAGCAACGAUGACUUCACUCUUUCUCUUCCUCAUCCUUGCCCUAUUUGCCUCAGGAGCCAGCGAUGACGUCAAGUACAUCUCCAAGAGGAACUCUGUUGAUGGGUGUAUCGACUGGUCAGUGGAUCUGAAGGAGUACCACGUUCUGGCUGGUGAGCCAGCACGAGUGAAAUGUGCCUUGUUCUACAGCUACAUCCGCACCAACUACACCAUGGCCACCAACGCCAAACUGCGUCUCAUCUGGUACAAGAACAAAGGAGAUGCAGAGGAGCCCAUUAUCUUCUCAGGCCAUAGGCUGAGUAAAGAAGAUGACUCAAUCUGGUUCAGGUCUGCAGAAAUGGAAGAUAAUGGCUUCUACACCUGCGUACUAAGGAACUCAACAUACUGUAUGAAGGUCUCUAUGUCCAUGACUGUGGAGGAGAGUGAUGAGGGGAAGUGUUUCAGCAGCAAAAUCCGCUACCUGGAGAAAGCAGAGAUUACUCAUAGCAAAAUGAUCACAUGCCGUGAUAUCGAUGACUAUUUGGCUCCAUAUAAACAACCUCUGAUGACCUGGUACAAGGAGUGUGAACGUGUCGAAUGGAGAAGCUCUAUUAUUGUCAACAAUACACACAUCUGGAUCCCCGAAGUGGAGGAGGAGGAUGGGGGAAAUUAUACCUGCGAGUUACAGUAUGGAUCCAGACUGGUGCGGAGGACAACACAACUCAAAGUCACAGCUCUUCAGACCACCCAGCCACCAAAGGUCCUUUUCCCCCCUGAGAGACAAGACACUCUGGUAGAGGUCACACCUGGUAUGCCUCUCAGUUUGGACUGCAAGGCAUUUUUCGGCUACAGUGGAGAAAACAGGAGACCUAUCAUCUACUGGAUGAAAGGAGAGAAGUUUGUUGAAGAACUCGCGGGACACAUUAAAGAAAGUGAAGUCAGGGUCCUAAGAGAACAUUUAGGAGAAAAGGAGGUUCAGCUGUCGUUAACAUUUGAUGCUAUCGAGGAGGCUGACCUGGCAAAUUAUUCCUGUUACGUGGAGAACCACAUUGGGCGGCGGCGUGGGAGUGCAAUACUGCAGAAGAAAGAUAUGUAUCGUCUGGAGUUGGCUGGUGGACUUGGGGUCAUAUUGCUGCUGCUGGGAGUCUUCACGGCACUUUAUAAGUGCUACAACUUGGAAAUCAUGCUGUGCUACAGGAGGCAUUUAGGCAGUGAUGAAACCGAAGAUGAUAAUAAAGAGUAUGACGGAUAUCUCUCUUAUACGAAAGUGGAUCUGGAUUCAUUGGGCAGAACGAGCAGCGAUGAGGAGACGUUUGCUUUGGAGAUCUUGCCUGACGUGUUGGAGAAACAUUACGGAUACAAGCUGUUUAUACCAGACAGAGAUCUCAUUCCAAGCAGUACAUACAUUGAGGACCUGGCUCGUAGUGUGUUGCAAAGCAGACGUUUGAUCAUUGUUUUGACUCCAGAGUUUGUGGCCAAAAGAGGCUGGAGCAUUUUUCAGAUAGAAACACGCCUCCACUCUAUGCUGGUUACAGGGGAAAUCAAGGUAAUCAUGAUAGAAUGUGCAGAUCUAAAGAGUGUGAUCAACUAUCAAGAGGUGGAAGCACUUAAGCAUACAAUAAAGGUUUUAUCUAUCAUUAAAUGGAGGGGUCCAAAGAGCAAUGAGCUGUCGUCUAAGUUUUGGAAGCAGGUGAUCUAUGAGAUGCCAGCUAAACGAAGAGAGACUUUGUCCAGACGUCAGGUAAUGGACGCAGGUGAGCAGGGCCUCUUUGGAGACCUACAGACCACCGUCUCCACCAUUGCCAUGACGACCACCUCAGCAUCCCUGGUGCCGCCGAUUGAGAACCGUCAUGGACAUCAUCAGGUUUCCUUGGCAACAGAGAUCCCUGACUACAACCAGAUGACCUUGCCUCUUGGAGGGGGUCACAUGGCUACAGCAGCCCAAAUGAGGCAUUUCUGCCGCAGCUAUGAGUUCCAUCUUCCCCCACAGCCUUCUGCCCUGUCGCCUCCCCUCCCUCCUCCUCCAUCCACCAUGCAGUUCUCCACUCUGGGCCCUGGGGGGCGCCAUGUCUAUUGUAACAUCCCUAUGACCCUUCUGAAUGGACAGGGGUUCAGGGCAGUUGACUGGGGAAGAAGAGGUUUCUCAGAGCAACACACUUGGAAAGAAGCCCAAAGUCCACCUGAAGAGCACCUUUGUACCAAUCACCAGCAGAGAACUAAGCUCUGAUAUCUGGUAGAAACACUUCUUUGCUGGUACUGGAUUAAAGACUACUGGUUUUGCAAAGAACUUUGACUGGGGACACAGGUUUUUGGACCUUGUACAGACAUUGACUUGGGCCCUUUCCAUCCCACGCUAUGAACACAAACUGCUCAAAUACUACAAGAAGGUGUGGGUACAAAGUGUUUGGACACACUCAGAUUAUCAAACUGAUUGUAUAUUUGUAUUGAACCUACCACUGAUACAGUUUGAUUCAAACUGGUAAGCAGGAAGUUAAGGAUUAAUAACAAGCACGAACGUGUUGAAUUUUUGAUGUUUAGACAUGAAAAUGUCCUCGGAAAGGUCCAGGAUAUCAAAACAGUAUUUAGAUAUUCACCAAUCAUUGUGUUGUAUAAGGGUAACACUGAAAAGACAACAAAAUAAAAAUGUUACAAGAAUGAAAGACGAUCAACUAUAAUACUGUAUCACAAAAUUCAGAGAGUAAAUAUUAUAAAACUAUGCCAAUAAAGUUACAAAUAUUUUAGGAACUAAGUCCUAAUAAAAAAGAAGAAUGUAUUUACUGAGCUUAUGUCAAAAUUUGGUCUAACUCUAGAGCAAAUCACCAUAAUAAUUAUUUACUAAUAGUUUUUCUAAUAAGGGCCAUAUCCUACAUUUGCAACAUUUCAGACUUAUGAUUAUGUUUAAAAUGUUGUACUACACAAUGUGAAAGUACCAUAUCAUGAGGUCGGUGUACUCUUAAGUUAUCCCUGCUUUCAUUUUCACACCACUCCUAAAUCGCUUACGAGAACUUUUCAAAAUGUUAAUUUCUUAAACUUUAGGAAUUCUAUUUAUGACACCUUGCCUCAUGCCCAACAUCACUUCAUCUUGAAAUUGGCAGCGAGAAAAUGUUUCUUGGAAGUUAGAACUGUGUCUUUAAAAUAAAGUCAGGCAGUAAUUUCAAUAUUUUUUGGUUUUCUGGUGAGCUAAAGACCUAUUUAACAAUCACUGAGCGGUGGCAGGGGUGGGUGGCUUUCGCCGAUCUUUAACCCAUGACUAAUCGUAGGCAUGGUGGUCAAGUCGCAGGGUGCCGAAUCCAAGCAUUUUAGCCAAGAUGAGAAGAAUGCAGAUUUACCCUGAACACAAUUUAAGAUUGAGUAGUCCAAAGCCCCCAAAAUGAGAAGAAUAUAAUUCCGUAAAUUAUAUAAAAUUCUUCUUUUUUAAGAUCAAACAAAGCCAACACAGGAGAACAUUUUUAAAAGAAUUAUCUUUCAGGAACAGUCCCAAACGUUUGCUCAAUCACAUGAUACUGUUUCUAUUUAUGAAGAUUGAUGUGACAAAACAUUAUUUAUUUCAUCCUCAAUGUAUACUUAAAGUAACUUUAAUGAUGUAAAACAAAAAAUGUAAUAGUGUAACUUAGCUGGGAAACAAUUUAAUUCUCCUAAAAUUGGGGCUGUUUUCUUUUAGUAUUACCACUUAUUCUAAUACAAUUAUUUAUGACUGUCAUUGUAUUUGUCAAAGUAGUAAUACUAUGUUUUCAUAAUAGUACAGCUUUACUCAUAUGAAUUCUGACCUUUUACUAAUAUCUUAUUAUAAAUAUUAUUUUUCUUUGUUUUGACAAUCUCGUUUUUGUCUUGUGAUAUUACAUCUUUAAUACCAUACCAUUAUUUUUGUUUCUCAUAGUAUUGUGAAUUUAUUUUCUUAAUGUUUUUAUGUCACACUUUUUUUUUCUAACAUUGCAACCUAAUUCUGAUCAAAUUACCAUGUUUUUAUUGCAAUAUUAUAUAUUUAUGAAAAUUGACUCGAUUUCUUCUCGUAGUGUUCCAAUUGUCUACAUUUAAUAUCGCCAGAUCUGGCCCGCCACAUCAUUUUGUGUGGCCCGCAAAAGCCUAGAAAUAAAGUGUGUCAAUAAAAUACUUCAUCUUUCUUACUAAAUGUACAGUAUUCAUUAUUUCCAUUUUGGCAAAAAAAAUGUAUGUGCUUCAUGAAAUUGCAUAUAUUUUCAAACUCUAAUAUUAUCUGCAACAAAUAAUAUAUUUUGUAAUACAAUUUUAGAUCACAAUAAAUACUUAAAUAUCUGCUUGUCACUUCAUGACACGGAUGUAAAACUCAUUUUUCAUUGAGGGCCACGUUGCAGUUAUGGAUGCCCACAGAAUGUGGUUUUUAACAGUGAAUAUAAUGAUGUUAUCACGCAAUUGCCUAUGCAUUUGAUUGCAGUAUAAUAUUUCUUUACGUACACAUUUACGGAUAACUUGCUUUUAAAUCAUAAGUCAAUGUUACAAGCAGAUAAGUAUUUAUUUUGUAUUUUAAGAAAAAAAUAUUUGAAAUGUAUCUUGUUGCGUGAUCAAAUAAUGUUAAAGCCAAAGACAUGCAAUUGCUUGCAGUACAGUGCAUCCGGAAAGUAGUCACAGCGCUUCACCUUUUCCACUUUUUGUUGUUUACAACCCUAAUCCAAAAUGGAAUAAGUUCAUUUUUGUCCCCAAAUUGUACACACAAUACCCAAUAAUGACAAUGUGAAAAGUUUUUUUUUUAUUAUUAUUUGCAGGUUAAUUAAAAACUAAAAAAUCACAUUUACAUUUGUAUUCAAAGCCUUUGCUCAAUACUUCGGUGAUGAAACUUUGGCAGCAAUUACAGUCUCAUGUAUUUUUGAAUACGAUGCCACAAGCUUGGCACACCUAUCUUUGGGCAGUUUCACCCAUUCCUCUUUGCAGCACCUCACAAGCUCCAUCAGGGUGGAUGGGAAGUGUUGGUUUUCAUCCAGGAUGCUGCAUUCAUCUUUCCCUCUAUACCAGUGGUUCAUCAUCAUCAUCAUUCAUCAUCAUUUCUUUUUAUUCCUUUCAUGAAAAUGCAUAUACAAGCCAUAUACAGUUGACACUUUCAUUGUUUUUUUGUUUCUUAUACAUUUCCAUGAUCAGAAAGGAGCAGAUGGAAGAAUACUAUUCUUAUAUUUAUCUGCCCCCUUUUUAACAGUGGUUCUUAACCUUGUUGGAGGUACCGAACCCCACCAGUUUCAUAUGUGCAUUCACCAAACCAGAACCGUAAUCAUAAAAUGAUGUUAUUAUAUUAAAGAAAUACUAAUAAAGAUAUAUUUUACAAAUGGAAAGUUACAGGAAUGGACACAUGAUUCCAUGUUUACAUCUCAUUGUGCAACAUGUGAAUGUUUUAGUGGGAACUAAGUGCGAUAUCUGAAAGGGGUACACAUUAUUUCCAAAACAGGACCCCCGCCCAGACAUAUAAUACUAGUACACAGCUCAUGAAAAACAAUAUGUUAUAGUCAGUGUAAGUGGGCCAAAACACUUAUAUUAGAAAAUAAUCUCAUGGUAAUAAAACAUUGAACUUGUUAUUUAGUCAGGUUUGGGACAGGUGUGCUGCAGGUGUAACCACAGUGCAUGUGCACGUUUGACGUCGCUCACAUUUGCUCCACCGAAUGCUCAAUGAGUUUUUGUGUUUGCACAUAUGGAAAAUUAGAGGGAACAUUGUUUGGGGGUAUCCAUAAUACGCCGACAGGGAGAAGUUUUUGUUUACACGAUGAGUCGGGUGUGUCUUGACCUCCGCGGCGGAGGCUCUGCCGAACCCCUGAGGCCGACUCACCGAACCCCUAGGGUUCGAUCGAACCCAGGUUAAGAACCACUGCUCUAUACUGACUAGUUUCCCAGUUCCUGCCACUGAAAAACAUCCCCACAGCAC